AUGAUCAUCGCAGGCAAGUCAAUUCCCGUCGCCUUUACAUUCUUUGCGGCACUAAUCGUCGCAGCUGCUCCAGACAGGCAGCUGUGCGGUGACGCAGAGAACAUUGCCGACAAGAUCCCGUCGUGCAAGGUCACUGCACCCCCAGGUCCGUUCCAACCACCGUCUUUCAAUGUGUCCAAGUGGAUCUGGACGGGCGAGAAUCCUGUCCCGGGUGGCGUCAACCCCGUGGGCGUGCGUGCAUUCAGGAAGAACAUCGUCACCCCCUGCGGAAAGUGCGCCGUCCACGCGACAAUCAUCGUAGCAUCCGACAAUACCCAUGUUUUCUACGUCAACGGUGUUGAGAUCGGUGCAGGCGCGGGAUGGACCAAGGGGCAUGUGCUCUACGCCGCCCUGCGACCGUCCUCCAACCUCUUCGCCAUCGCCGGCGGAAACAUCCCCCCAGGCGGCCCCGCAGGCGUCAUCGCAUCGAUCCUCAUCCACUACGCCGACGGGAGCACCGAGACCUUCAUCACCGACGAAACGUGGAGAACCGUCGCGAGCGCCGCGCCCCCGAAGGACUUCCAGCUCCCGGCCACGGACGACAGCAAGUGGGGCUUCGCCGCGCUGCAGGGGAUCUACGCCAAGACGCGCUGGGGCGCGGUGGCGCUGCCCCCCGUCCUGGGCUUCAACGACUCGAAGUGGAUCUGGUCGUCAGACCACAAGAACGGCGCCGCCCCCAAGGGCGUUCGCGCCUUCCGCAAGACGGUCAACGAGUGCGCGAAAGUGGCGGUGUCGGCUACGGUGCUGAUCAUCGUUGAUGACUCCUACACUUUGUAUGUCAACGGGGAGAAGGUCGGCGCGGGGAACAGCUACACCCGCAGCCAGGCGUGGACCAUCCUCAAUCUCCACCCCACCUUCAACACAUUCGCCAUCAGCGCCGGGAACAUCGGGGGCCCUGCUGGUGUCCUCGCGACCAUCCUCAUCACAUACAACGACGGCUCGAAUCAGACGGUCGUUACUGAUGGCAGCUGGAAGGCGAUACAGACUGUGCCGAAGGGGUUCGAGCUGCCUUUCGUCAACGAGGCGGAGUGGGAAGACGCGAAGGUUGUGGGGCCGUUCGGCGUCGGGCCCUGGGGUAAAGGCGUAGUCAUCCCUCUCGCAUAG